ACGCGUAGCCCAUGUUUUUCGUUUCAGUUGAACUUAGAUCGUUGUUUGGAAUCGAUCGAAAAUUACUUAUCGGUGAAAGAGAGUGGCAAACUGGUUCUGACUGCGUUUGGUUGGAUUGCAGAUAGGGGCAAUGGAGCUGUACUAUUCGCCAGCAUCGGCACCGUGCAGAGCCGUCCAAAUGACGGCCCUUGCCAUCGGAGUUCCGUUGAACCUGAAGGAGAUCCGUUUGAUGGAUGGCAAGGCUAGUCAACGGCCGGAUUAUUGUCGUAUCACACCGCAGCACAGUAUUCCAACACUGAAGGAUAAGGAUUUGAUUCUGUGGGAGAGUAGAGCGAUUCAGAUCUAUUUGGUCGAACAGUAUGGAAAGGAUGACAGCUUGUACCCGAAGGAUCCGGCCAAGCGUGCCAAAGUCAACGAAAGAAUGUUUUUCGACGCGUGUAUUUUGUACCACAGAUUUACGGAGUAUUACCACGAGCAAGUGUAUGGAGGACUGGAGGGAGAUGACAAGAAAUUGGCAACACUGGAAGAUGCGGUGAGAAUGCUGGAUUUGUUUUUGGAAGGACAACCCUACGUGACGGGGCAGGCCAUGACGAUUGUGGAUUUGAGUAUGCUGGCAACGGUUGCUACGAUGGACUGCCUCGGUUUCGAGCUGAAGCCUUAUCACAAUGUAGCCGAAUGGUACAAACACAUGAAAGGUGUGGCUCCUGGGUCCAAAUUCAACGAAGCGGGUGCACUGGAUUUCGCAACUUUUAAAUGAUAUUCUAGGACGGAGCUUGUACAUUGUAGAUUUGUUUUAUUGUCAUUAAACAUAGAGAUUUAUUUACACGUAA